AUGGACGAAAAUGGCAAGCCUGGAAGAGGACCAUUUUCAGAUCGCCCCGAAAUCGGCUAUCAUCUCAUCCACUCCUUUAUCUUUUUCCUUCUUGCUUUGUCGACGAUGAGAAUGAAGUACUUGUGGUCGCCGCAUGCGGCCGCUUUGAUUUGUUUAGUGUCGCUUCCGGAAAUUUGGGGAAUAUUAAAAUGGAGAGAUGGAAGAUUUUUCAUCACUGCUGCUCUUUUAUUCGGAGCCUAUUACAACAACAUUGAAGACUACACGAAGCAAACGACUAAAGAGCUCGAAUUUUACGAUCCCGACACAGUAGAGCUCAUGGAAUGGGGAGCCCAGCAGCCGAGAGAUACAGUCUUUUCGGGAUCUAUGCAGCUCAAUGCUGGCGUCCGGCUCAGCACCUGGAGAGCGCUCACAAAUCAUCCUCAUUACGAAGACAAGCGGUUGAGAGAAACUACUUUCGAUGUAUACCAGAUUUACGCUCAUAGAACGGCGGAAGAAGUGCUCGAGCGGCUAGGAAAAUAUGGAACGACGCAUAUUGUGGUGGAAAACUCGAUUUGCUAUCAAGGCGGUUCGAAAAAGGAUAACUGCGCGACGCCAGAUCUGAUUGACCUAGCAAAUGAUCAUCUUCAGGCUGACCGAACGACUCCAAAGGCGGGUCUGCCAGAAAGAUUUUGCAACGAAGUUCAAGUAAAUCCCUCUUAUGCAAAAUAUUUCCAGCUGGUGCUUGAGAACAAGACAUUUCGCGUCUACAAGCUGACCAACAAUGAUAAAUACGAUUUGAUGAGAUCCGAACAAAUUACACUUACUGAUAAGAAAACGUUUAACAACAGCAAAAUGCAACUGAUUUUUGAUCCUAGAGUAGAAAUAGUCAAAAUGGCGAUGAUGGAAGCACAACAACCAGCAGACAUUUUCCACCUUUCGAAGAAGGGCGACAGUGUCAUGAGCAUAAAACUCUGGCUAGAUAAUACUGAAAACGAUGUGAACCAGGUCGAUGAUCACUGGUUCACUCCCCUACACUGGGCGGCUAGAUACGGCCACAAACAAGUUGUAGAACUGCUGCUUGACCGGGGAGCCCGUGUCUCUGCCAAGAACCGAGGAGACGAUACUCCUCUUCACAAUGCCUGCCAAUGUGGUCAUCUGGAAAUUGCCAAGACCCUUAUGAGGCACAAAACGACGCUGUCCCUGCUAAAUGAGCGAAAUGAGCACGGAAAUAGCCCCCUGCACUACGCUUGCUUUGGCAACUAUCGGGAACUUGCAAUCCUGCUGUUUGAAAAUGGUGCAAAGCUCCUUCUGGAGAAUAAAUACGGACAAACGCCGCUAGAAAAAGCCAGACGUGCUCUUGCGACCGAGUUGAAAGCUAGAGCACAGCAAAUGGAUCAGCCUCUCGACGAGAGUGUCGACAGAAUCCCGUAUCAGUCGAAAACAUGGCUUGGAACGGCAAAACCUCAUACUUUUCGACUACAGGACAAACACAACGAUCUGGACAUGAAAGCACUCAACAUCAAAGCUCGCCUGGAAGACACAAAGUCCUACAGCAUUCUCAAAGGCAAAUGGAACGAUUCCGACGUUUUAGUAAAGAUCCUCAUUUUACCGAGAUCGCUUACUGUCGACUCUGACAAUGAUAAUAAACCUUUGGCUCUUUCUUCGAGGCAUCUUCGCGAAUUCCAAGAAGAAUACGCGAAAACACGAAUUUUCUCCCAUCAAAAUCUCCUUCCUGCCCUUGGAAUCGUCAGCAAAAUUCAGAACCCUCCAACGCUUGCGAUUGUUUCACAAUGGAUGCCUGUUGGAUCGCUGAACUCGGUCUUGCACGGAGGAAAGGGAAUCCCGGUGGUGGACAACAAUGCGAUUAAAAAGUUUGCCGUUGAUAUUGCGCGAGGGAUGAAGUUCUUGCAUGACAUGCAGCCAGGAUCCUCUCCAAGAUUUCGGCUGAACUCGAAGCAUGUCGUUAUCGAUGGUGAGCAAAACGCUAGGCUUGAUCUGGCAAGCUCCGACUUUUCAAUCCAGGGAAAUGAUAAGAUCUACGAUCCCGCUUGGAUGGCUCCCGAAGCUCUCGCUCCUAUCUCACCCAAAGGAAAUGAUUACAAUAGAAAGAAAGCGGACAUGUGGAGCUUCUCCAUCGUUCUUUGGGAAAUGGUCACUCACGAGAUUCCUUUCGCAGAUCUUUCAUCAAUGCAAAUUGGUAUCCAAGUUGCCCAUGAAAACUUGCGCGUGCGCAUUCCAAACGGCAUAACUCCAAAUAUGGCGGAAGUCAUCAGAAUCUGCAUGAAAGACGAGCCUUCCAAGCGACCCACCUUCGAGCAGAUCGUCCCUAUCCUUGUCAAAAUGGCUGACAACUAG